CCAAUGUGAACCUCCGGUACAGUCGCGAAGGCAAAUGGUCGCGGCCCCUCACCGCGCACGUUGUCCGACUCACGUGGCAGGGGGAGCCAUGGCGGGAAGGGAGGAAGAGGCGACGGCUGCGACGGGGGGCUCCGCGUGGUACGCGCACCCCGUGUACGCGCGCUACUGGAGCCACUACCGCGACGCGCAGGCCUGGACGCGGAGGCACCAGAACGCGCGGCGGAGAGCGCUGACGGAGGCCGCGCAAGGCCUGGACUGGAGCAGCCUAGUUGGGCUCCCAUUUCCGUACGAUCCAUCGCAUCCCUACGCUGCAUCUCACCACGGCCCCCAAUCACACCCUCCGUGUCUGGGUCACAAUCACUGCUCGGCGCAAGCUGCCGGCCAUCGGAGACGUCAUCAUCAGCAGCAGCAUGAUCAUUAUCAUCAUCAGCAGCAGCAUCAUCAUCAGAAGCACGAGGAAAUGCCAGAACAUCAUCACUUCUCGUCACAGGCUACCGAGCAUCAGAGAGAUCAUCAGCAGCAUCAGCAUUAUCACCAUAAUCAGCAGCGGCAGCAUUGGCAGCAGCAACUGAUUGACGAAGUUCCGGAUCUGAGGAGCGAAGAACCAGACGAGGAUUCGGAUCCGGAGUCCGAGUCGGAAUCGGAGGCGGAGAGCGACGUGGAAAUCACGGACGAGCUGCGCGCGUAUUUCGCCGAGACCGAGCGACACCGCGAGGAGAGGAGGCUGGAGCAGGAGCAGGAAGAUGAACGAGCGGAGGGAAUGGUGUGGGCAGAUGAGCCGCCGGGGACGAGGCAGGCGAGUAGCCUGGCUCCACAAGAACGGCCGGGCGAGCGUCGGCGCGUCGAGAUGGCGCGUCUGUACGGCGAGGAGGCGUGCGUACGGAUCCUCGCGCUGGAGGCCGCGAUGCAGCUGUCGUUCGACCAGCACUGCGACCGCACGCGGCCAAAGUACUGGCCCAUCAUCCCACUCAAGCUGUGACGGCGACGGCCAGGCGCUUGGCCCAUUAACACCAGUCAAGCGUUGAGCACGCAGCCACAGCUACCAGGGAGAACGCCCGUCCAUUUCACCCCAUGAGUACUUUUUCACUCAAAUGUCUUUCAACUUCUAGUCCAUCAAACUCAAGUUAAUGGCCCCACAGCCGGCCGAAAGCUGAGACCACGAACAGUAAGGCACUGGCCCCAUUUACGCACGUGGAGUCAAUGGACGUGUACAGCUGCAGGACGGAAUAAUAAUUGAUUCUUGGAUGUGAUCGUGGCCCUGAAACGUGACCUUUCGUCAGCUCGUGGACGGGCUGAAUUCCUGCAUCCCUGUCGUUCACACGAGUGAGUCGACCAGGGUGUUCCAUCGGUGUCAUCGGCUGAAAUGUCAACAUUUUUAGCAGCUCCGUUUUUAAAUGUUUAAAUUCCUCUCCACCGUAUGGUGUUUGUGUGUGCGCACGUAUGUUUAUUAUGUGAGAGUGAGUGUGGUAUAUGAGUGUGUUUGUAUGUGUGAGGAGCGGUCGCG